AGACAGCGCGGAAGCGGGGAGUUAAAGAGUCUGUCCCUGUCGUGGGAGCUUACCCGGCACCGUCGGGAGCGCCCUGGAGUCGCUUUGGGGGGGCUUCCUUUUUAUAUACACAACUAGUUUUUCCUCUGUGCUAUGGGAGAUGUCAAAGAAUCAAAAAUGCAAAUAACACCUGAAACUCCAGGAAGGAUUCCUAUUUUAAAUCCUUUUGAAAGUCCUGGUGAUUAUUCUAAUCUCCAUGAACAAACUGUCUCCAGUCCUGUUUUUAAAUCGACAAAAUUACCAACUCCAGGGGAAUUUAGAUGGUCUAUUGAUCAACUAGCUGUAAUAAAUCCUGUAGAAAUAGACCCAGAGGACAUUCAUCGUCAAGCUUUAUACCUAAGUCGUUCUCGAAUAGAUAAAGAUGUGGAAGACAAAAGACAAAAAGCCAUUGAAGAGUUUUUCACUAAGGAUGUCAUCGUACCGUCUCCUUGGACUGAUCAUGAAGGGAAACAGCUUUCAGAGUAUCAUUCCAGUAAAUGUAUCAACACAAAUAAUGAAUCUCCGGUUGGAAGAAAGCUGACCAUCCAUUCUGAAAAAAGCAAUGCUGCUUGCCAGACAUUGCUGUCUCUUCCUGUGGAUUUUAAUUUAGAAAAGAUAUUAGGUGACUAUUUUAGAGCUGAUGAAUUUGCAGAUCAGUCUCCUGGAAACCUCAGUUCUUCAUCCCUCAGAAGAAAGCUCUUUUUAGAUGGCAACGGAAGUAUCUCUGACUCCUUACCUCCAGCUUCUCCCAGAAGUCCUCGUAGUGGUGCCCAGACGUCACUUGAGGUUUUUUAUUCAAUAGAGUUAUCUCCUGUGCAGUGUAGGAGCCCUGUGCAGACCCCGAGUUCGGGGCAGUUUUCUUCUAGCCCUAUUCAGGAUAGUGCAAAAAGAUACAGUUUGGGAAGCAUCACCAAUCCUUCACCAUUUUCUUCACCCACUUUCUCACCAGUUGCGUUUCAAAUAGGAAAGACACCACUCUCAGAACGAAGGAAGUUUGCUUUUCAUUCUCCUGAUGCUUCAUCUAGGACCAAUUGUAAUGGGAUUACCAAUCCAUAUAUCAGAAGUCCUUACAUAGAUGGCUGCUCACCAAUUAAAAACUGGUCUCCUAUGAGACUGGAGAUGUGCAGAGGAGGUGCCCAGUAUCGGACCUCGCUGAUUCGGGUCCCUUUUACUCUUGAGGCUCGUAGCGAAGAUGAAGAAGACCAGGCAGCUGUUCCUUCCACAGACGCCUCCUCCCCAGCCACGGGCACGGCUGGCGCCCACCUGCCGCAGUUGGGCGGUGACGCGUCUCCGCGCGGCGCGCACUUGGUGGUGACCGCCAUGUCUAUUACCCAGAGCCAGUCCGGAGCUUCUGAGAAAGAACUGGAACUGCUGCAGGAUGUGGAGAGUGAGAAGGAGAAUAACACUGUGGAUAUGGUCGAUCCCAUCGAGAUAGCCGAUGAGACCACCUGGAUUAAGGAGCCAGUUCAUAAUGGGAAUUUACCCGCGGCAGAUUCCGUGAGCGGGAUCGCUUUCAGUAUUGAAAGCUCUCACAUGUGCUUGUCACCUCUCGCAGAAAGCAGUGUCCUUCCCUGUGAAAGCAGUAACAUUCAGAUGGAUAGUGGCUAUAAUACACAGAAUUGUGGGAGCAAUAUUAUGGAUACCGUUGGAGCAGAAAGUUACUGCAAAGAAAGUGAUGCACAAACCUUGGAAGUCGAGAAUAAAUCUCGAGUUUUUAAUACAAAGCAAGACCACUCAAUGCAAAGGUGUUGGUUGAAAACUUCAAACCUGCCUCAAUGCAGCAGUCCUUAGGAUACCUCUCUCAGAACCAAAGACUAUCACUGGACAGCUCCUCGUAUUUUUUAUGCAUGGGAUCAAUAAUGUGAUCAUGAUUGGGGAAAAACUGCUUCAACUAACAUGCUGAGCUUUUUUCUUUCCCUCCUUAAUGUGAAAAAUCAAGGGCUUAAUUCAGUGACACAGAGACAACAGAAAAGCUCCUGGAACUUUCAACAAGUUACUUCAGUACAGGUUCAUUUUAUUAUCAAUAAAUAUUUUUAUAUUGACAUGGAGUGAUGUGUUUAAUGAAAACUUGAGUGAUACCUUUGCUUCAGUCCUACAGGGUCAAUGAACUGCUUCUUAGUGAGCCUUACUGACAGUACUAAUUUAGCAUUAGUCUGGGAAGAUGAGGAACUGUGAAGGUGCUACGUUUUAUUUUACAUAAAAGUAUGUGAAUAUACAGAUGAAUUCAAAUUUGUAACCUUUGUGAAAGGAGUAAAUAUUAAGAAGGGAACUUACGAACUUUGUAUUCAGGUUCAGAGUAGAAUGGGUAUAUAAUUUUAGGGGAAAUAUUCUUUACUUUUGGAGAAUGUAUACUCAGAUUUUACAAAUCACCUUUUAAAAAAUGUCUCAUUUAAGGAAUAAUAAUUCACAUGUAGCCCUAGGAAAUAAAGACAUCCUCUCAUCGUGUCA